UUCUUCCAUGGCCAUUGGCGCUUAAGCUCAUAUAUACUUUGAGAAUAAACUUAUCUCCGAGAAACGAUUUUUGAAACUUCGAUUCGGAAAUGGAGAUCGCUACUGUCGUCAAGGCAAAUGGCGGUUGCGAAGCGGAUCGACGACGACGGCUCCGCCGAUUGAGAUGCUCCGUGAAGGACUACGCUUGGGGUAAAAUCGGGUCGGAUUCACUCGUUUACAGAGUCUACGCAGCGAAUUCGGAUCAACCAAUCGAUUCGACGCGUCCCUACGCGGAGCUUUGGAUGGGGACUCACCAGUCAGGUCCGAGUUACUUGGAGGAUGACGCUGAUGGUGGCUCCGAUGGCGUGACGCUGAGAUCGUGGAUUGCUGAAAACCCUGAGGCUCUUGGAGAUAGGGUUUUGGAGAAAUGGGGUUGCGAUCUUCCCUUUCUCUUCAAGGUGUUGUCGGUGGGAAGGGCCUUGUCGAUUCAGUCACAUCCGGAUAAGGUUUUGGCGAAGAAAUUGCAUAAAGCUCAUCCCAAUCUUUAUAAAGACGACAAUCACAAACCAGAGAUGGCGUUGGCUUAUACUCAGUUCGAGGCUCUUUGUGGGUUUAUACCUCUACAGGAGCUUAAGAGUGUGAUUCGUGCUAUUCCUGAGAUAGAAGAGCUUGUUGGGAGUGAAGAGGCAAACCAAGUCUUCUGCAUCAGUGAACAUGAUGAGGAGAAAGUCAAAUCUGCUGUCCGAACUAUCUUCACCUUGCUAAUGUCUGCAGGUCCCGACACAACAAAGCAAAUCGUAUCCAAACUGAAACACCGUCUGCAUAUGGAGAGUCAGGAACGCCAUCUGACAGACAAGGAACGGCUUGUUUUGAAGCUAGAGAAGCAGUAUCCAGAUGACAUUGGGGUCAUCUCGGCAUUCUUCUUCAACUACGUGAAGCUCAAUCCUGGUGAAGCUUUGUACCUUGGUGCAAACGAGCCACAUGCGUACUUAUUUGGUGAGUGCAUUGAGGUCAUGGCCACUUCAGACAACGUAGUACGAGCUGGCCUCACUUCCAAGCCUCUGGAUAUUCAAACACUUUGUUCCAUGCUCUCAUACAAACUGGGCUUUCCUGAGAUCCUAAAGGGAUCAAGGAUUCGACCAUACAUCACAAGAUACCUCCCACCUUUCGAGGAGUUUGAGGUUGAUCUCUGUGAUCUUCCCUGUGGAGCCUCGACGGUGUUUCCCUCUGUUCCAGGCCCUUCUCUUCUGCUUGUGCUCCAAGGCGAAGGAAGAAUGUCUACAGACGCUUCAGCAGAUGAGAUUUCGAUGGGAGAUGUUCUGUUUGUGCCUGCAGAUACUGAGAUUCACUUGAAGUCUUCAUCUGACUUGAAGCUGUACAGAGCAGGAAUUAACAGUAGGUUUUUGGAUUCUCCAUAGUUGAAACUACACACAAGCUACUGUUUAUCAGUGAAGCUUUUCUUCAGUUAUUGUAAUAUUAUACAAACUGUGUCAAUGCACUUCUGUGACCAGAAAUUCAAUUUGUUUGUGAGAUUCUUUAUGAUAAAUGUUUCAGAAAUUUUAAUACUUUAAUAGAAAUUUCAGGAAGAGUGAA